AUUAAAAUGGGGUAUAGAUUUUUAUGUCAAGCGGCAGUGCUGCCAAGACAAAAACCAUGUAAAACAUCUAUUGUUUUUACGCUUAGUUUUGCCGAAUAAAUGCACGAUAAUGCAUUAAAACAAUAAAAUUGUGAUGAUGUGCGAGUUCCAGAGGGAUAUUCUAGCACUAAUAAGUUUAAAAACCAAAGAAGAUAUCCAGGAAACGGGUUGUUUGUUUACUAGAGUUUUCAUAAGAAAUAAAAACACUUUUUGCAACGAGUCUGUACCCGAAUUGAGCGAACCCGAGGAACCUGACGAACCAAUUCGGACCGAAGCUGCGCAAAAGGGCGACGACCAACCAACCGCUUGCGCAGCCAAGCUCGACAACGAACACGAGAGCUGCUACUGCUCAGCAUCUCACACGGACACCGUAUCGACAGACGAGCACGACAGUUUGAGAGACAGUCAAGAUUCAAGCACCGUCAAAGAGAUAAAGUUGUGUGACAGUGGCGCCGACCUCACAGAGUAUGUCCGAACCGAUUUCGAACAGGAGUGGCAACAGUUUUGGUCGCGGAACGGAGAGAAACUCAUUUGGGAAUCGUGGAUAGCGAAGUACAGUGCCUACAUCAACCCCAGUUACUUGGGUUACGGCGGCCAGAAUAUCGCUUUGGACGCGAGCCUGUUGAUCUUGUCGGGUAGCGACAGCGGCAACAAACAAUCGAAAUCAGAUCAUCAGUCAUCAGGCAGCAGCGGCAGCGGCGCGCCAAUCAAAUCAGACCUGUUCACGUUCGACGAGAAAGACAUCAAAAGUUUCGAAACCAACCCGAAAAUCACCAUCCUAACGCGGCACCUAUCCACUAGCGACGAUAAACUGUGCAACGAAAUUUCCGAAGGUUGGAACCCGCUGUCGCCGCUCAGCAUCGACUGCGAAACCGAAGCGGAACGCUUGCUCAGCUCGCGGUGCGGAUCUCACGCUAGCGGUUCCAUGCGAACCGUCGAUUCCAUGACCAACGUGACCCGCAUGACCGUCUCCUCGUUGGACAUUAACAGUAGCUCGAGUUCCGACAGUUUUUCCUCCGUCAGCUCGGUGCAGAGUUCCGUCAGUUCGGAAGAAUCCGGGGAGGAACACCAGAACCAGUGGAACCAGCUAUGGCGCAUGCAUUACGAGCAAGAGUACAUGUUGCACUACAAUAAGUUUAUGUCCGACGCCGGCACGAUAGAGAUAACGGAAUUUUUACUGGACGACAUAACCUCGACUACCGCACGAAAGCCGAUAGCCGAUUCGGAAACCGUAACUUCGCUCGGAACCUUGCUGGACACGCUAAGCAUGACGGAAGGUAAAGAGUCGGCGGCGUCCGACCUAGAGGAAACGCGCGACGGCGAAGAAGUCGCCGAGAUGAUCGCGAUGGGUUUGCCGACAUCGUUCGGCGCCGCCGGAUAUCACAGGAGUAACCGGAAUUCCGGUUUGAAGAGAAAAAGCGAAUUAGAGAGGAGCGAUAGUUUCGAAGCGGGUCGAAAUAGGAUCCAUGCCGCUUUUAACCUAAUCGGGGUGGAAUUUAACGAAUACGCCGGUUCUAAAAUUACCGGCCAGGUCGAUUACAAAAUGAAGCACAUCAGAUUGCAAAACAGGCACUUGAAAUUGACAAAUAAACCGAAACAUACAUACUUCGACGACGAGGGUAACGCCGUUGAGGCGGAACCGGAAGAGCCCGAAAUCGAGCACAGUAUAUUGUCGGACUGUUCGGAUUAUUCUGCCGGGGAAGAAACGUCGGCGGCUAAAUCGGACGAGGUCAGGUGCGCGCCUGCCAAGAAGAAAAAGCGCAAAAAGAAGAUCAGUUACCCACCGGAGAUCAGGGAAAACGCCAAACUGAAAAAGUAUUGGCACAGACGUUUUUCGCUGUUCAAUAGGUUCGACGAGGGCAUCAAGCUCGACGAAGAAAGUUGGUACUCGGUCACUCCGGAGAAGGUAGCGCGACACGCGGCCGAGAGGUGUCGCUGCGACGUCAUAGUUGACGCGUUCUGCGGCGCGGGCGGCAACGCGAUCCAGUUUGCCAUGACGUGCAACAAAGUUGUCGCGAUCGAUAUCGACCCGAAGAAAAUCGAACUCGCGAGGAAUAACGCGAGAGUUUACAACGUAGAACAUAAAAUCGAUUUUAUUGUGGGCGAUUUCUUUCACCUGGCCGAUAAUUUGAAAGCUGAUGUCGUUUUCUUGAGCCCGCCGUGGGGCGGUCCGUCUUAUUUGAACCAAAGCGUUUACGAUUUGGAAGAAAUGUUGCAACCAGUCGCAUUCACGAAGCUGUACGAGACAGCGUUGAGGAUUACUAGUAACGUCGCAGCGUUUUUACCGAGAAAUAGCAAUACAUUUAAGUUGGCCGAAGUGACCGGUUCAGGUGGAAAAGUUGAAAUUGAACAGGAUUUCAUAAAUAACAAGUUAAUCGCCAUUACCGCUUAUUAUAACGAUCUUAUUAAGGAAAAAUAAUUUUUUUUCAGUUCUUUGUUUUGUCUUGUCUUGUGUUGCUAUUUUAUAUAACCGGAAAAUGGAGAAAUAAAUUCUUUC